UCUGAGGUGAUAAGCGUGGACUCUUCGCCAGAGAUGUUACCUCCCCCCAUACCUCCCCUACCUGCUGCAGUGCCCUCCACCUCCGCAGCCACUUUGCCUUCAUCUUCAGAUACGGCCGCGGUGAUGGACGUCAAUAUAGAGGUCUUGUGUGGAGGCGCGUCGGAGGGCAGUUCCUUCCCCCUGGAGCUGCCCAACUCGACAUCAGUGAGCGAACUACGCACAAUGCUCCAUCAGCUUGUUGGCAUCACCCCUUGCAAUCAGAUUCUCGAAGGCUUCAAGACCCCAGUAGAAGACAGCACUGUGAUCACGCAUGCAUUGUUGCCAGAGUCUCGCACACUCACCCUAAAUGCUCAGUCUUCAGUAUCAUUUGGCAACUAUUUUGAUAGAGUUAAUGGCGCGCACAGCGAUGAGUACCUUCUCCUCAUCCAUGACGAAACCAAUGGCAAGAAUUACAGCCUCAAGUUCGCAGGCAGUCGUCGCAUCCGGGAGAUCAAGGGUGACAUCCACGACUUGACUAAUAUUGCAGUGCGCAACCAGCAGUGGACAGGCUGGCCUCCAAAUACUGAUGAGGAGAAUGCCACUUUAAAUUCAUCAGGGAUUAGCAAACAGCAUCACUUAACAGUGAGGAAACUCGUAAGGGAACGUACACCACGGGCCCAGAGAAAGACACUGGUGGAUACAGAGGACGAUAACGCCUCGGGUGAAGAAUUCGAAGACACUCCAGAGCUUCUCAAUGAUGAUGAUGACUUCUUUGGGAUGAUGGAUGUAGAUGUGCCCUCAUCCAAGAAGCCACAGACACUGAUCCCUGCCGACAUAGAGGAUGAGGUGAUGGGUGUAAUACACUUCUCAGAGGAGUUCCGCAAUCGUUAUGGGAAUUGUGUGCCCAUGUUCUACCAGGGAUCGCUAGAGGAUGCGCUCAAGGAGUCCGUUCAGCUGCCAGCGAAAAAUAGAAAGUUGUUGGCUGUUUACUUGCAUCAUGAUGGCAGCGUCCUGUCUAAUGUUUUCUGCUCACAAGCUCUCUGUCAGCUCUCCACGGUGGACUACCUCUCAGCAAACUUUGUGGUUUGGGGUUGGGAUCUCACACAUGAAGCUAACAAAGCCAGGUUAUUGAACUUAGUAACCACACACUUUGGCUCUAUGGCCUCUACCACUGUAAGGACUUUCAGUGUUGACAAGCUCCCAGCCUUGCUUGUCAUUACACGGACGAGAGGAACCAUUGAGGUUCUCUCAGUCAUACAUGGCAAUGCAGUCCUAGAUGAGGUCAUGACAGCAUUACUCCAUGCAAUGGAAAUGUUUGAGGAGCAAAGAGUGACGGAAGUGCAGGAGGAGGAGGCACGAGAAGCCAGGGAAGCAGUCAAGGCAGAGCAAGAUGCAGCAUAUUUGGAGUCUCUGGCUGCUGACAGAGCAAAGGCGGCUGCAAAGAAACAAGCAGAAAUGGAAGAGAAGCAAGAGAGAGAGAGAGUGGAGUCCAUCAAACAGCAGGAAGAGGCAAUUAAGCAGGCUGUGAGAGCAUCAUUAGAGACAGACCUCCCAGAUGAGCCUGGGCCAGACUGCAAAGAACCAGUGUCAACCCUCAGAUUUCGGAUACCUGGAGGAGAGACCUUCCACCGCAACUUCCUUGCAAACACCACUCUCCAGGUUCUGCUCAACUUUCUGCAUGUCAAAGGAUAUCCAGCAGAUGAAUACAAGUGUCUUCAGUCUUGGCCCCGCAGAGAUGUGAGCUCUCUUGACACAUCCAAAACCUUGAUGGACUACAAGUUGUACCCACAAGAGACCUUGAACAUUGAAGAGCGAUGAGGAGUCUCUAAGGGGCUGUCCAAUGCCCCCAUACCCCUAUCCCUCCCUUGCCUUCCAUACCCCCUCCUUACAUGCCCACAGACACAUCCCAUGCAUCAACAUCUGUGUUUGUAUGUUCGUGCAGUCCUGGAAGCUUCAAAAGAGUCCUUUUAGGGUGACACACCAUUUUGUCUCCCUUUCCUCCUCCCCUCCCCUUUGAUCCCCUCUGGCAACACUUCACUUUUCCUUCACCCAACCCCCAGCCUCCCCUUCCCCCUUAGAGUCCUUAAAAGAAAGAAGAAGAAAAAAAAAAAAAAAAAAAAAAGACUCCUGUGAUUUGACAAAGAGACGAGACCCCCCGGGUGUUUUGCAUGUACACUGUGAAGAUGGAGAAAGGAGGGAAAAGGAAGAAGAGAAAGCUUUUCCUCCUCUCCAAGAAGUAGUAGAAGGAGACAGAGAAGAAGAAAAGGAAAAAGUGUCCAAGUGGUAGUCAAUAAGUUGGGAGGAAGAUGCACAGUGGACUUUUUUUUUUUUUUUUUUUUCCUCGCUCUCCCUUAUUUCUUUUCUUCUUUUUGUUCAUGUGUAGCUAGGAUAUACCCCCUUUCUUUUUAAUUUUUUGGUAUUAUUAUUAUAAUUAAACAUCAUUAUCAUCAUUGCUACCAUCAUAAUCACUUUGCUUUUUAUUCUGUUUCUGUCUUAUACUUUUUUUUUUACUUGGAGCAUUUCUCGUUGGGUCACGAUCUCUUUAUCACUAGGCUUGACUGUAUAGUAGUAAAUUACUGGAAUUGCAGAUAUAUACUCUACAUUUUUAUAUAAGAUUAUUGUAGCCUUUAAGGAAACAAAACAAAAAUGAACAAAAAAAUAUAUAUAUAAAA